GCGAUUCUCCUGCCUCAGCCUCCCAAAUAGCUGGGAUUACAGGCGCCUGCCCCACCUCACCCAGCUAAUUUUUGUAUUUUUAGUAGAGAUGGAGUUUCACUGUGUUGGCCAUGCCAGUCUCGAACUCCUGACCUCAAAUGAUCCACCCGACUCGGCUUCCCAAACUGCUGGGAUUACAGGUGUGAGCCACCGCGCCAGGCCCCUGCACAGACCUUUUUUAAAGCUCAUUAUCUAUCCUUAGGGUUGGUGUAUUUUAUGUGUGGCCCAAGACAGUUUGUCUUCUUCCAGUGUGGCCCAGGGAAGCCAAAAGAUUGGACACCCCUGGUUGAGAACAAUGCCUGGAACUUGGUAGCUCUCAAAAGUUUGUUCAAUGAAUGAAUGAACGGAUGCUUCCAAUGCAAAACCUUAGAACAGGCAAAUCAAAAUGUCACCAAAAGGUGGGAAGAAGAGGCAUUCACGGUACUGGUUGAGUGCAUAGUAAAUAAAGUACUUGCACAACUAUGGGCAACAAAGAGGCGGCUUGGGAAUUAUCAAACACCAAUUUUGAUUUUGAUGAGAACAGUCAUAACCCAAUAUUUGAAGAUUUUGAUGGUUGCUUCUUCUUUUCCCCUCUAACCGCCCCCACCCCCAGAACGAUGAAGGGUUAACCAAAACACCACCAAAGGCAACUACUUAUUACCUUUGUUAUUCCCACAUAAAAAAUUGAGCAGACCUAUUGUUUAAGCAGAAGAGGCAGUCCCUCAAUGAAGCAAUAUCCUGUUUGAAUAAUUUAGGACAGGGCAUAGGCCAGCCCACACAGCGCAUUUGUGUGACAGGGCGUCCCACUCAGAGGUCUCUAUUUCCGGUAUCUAGAGCCGGCUGCCCUCUUUAAAAAUCCCCCUGUUACCGUCGGGAUAGAAAACAAAAAGGCUAAUUUACCAGGAGGCUAAACGGAUUGUGCCUUCUUAGGCAAAAGUUCCACCUGCUUGGCCAAUUAGCUUCCUCUCCCGAAAGACUCGUUCAACAGGUUUCCUUUUUCUCUUCUCUGCCUCCUGGGUUGGGGAAAGAGGCUGUCACUUCGCUUCGACCCUCCCCUUCCCUCCCUCUCGGCUCUUCCACACUGGGUCGGACCAAUCGCGCCCGCUCCGACGUGUCCGGGUCCGCGGCCCCGAGAGCUUGGCGCGGGCGGCCCGGCCUGGAUGCGCGGGGCGGAGGGUGCAGGGGAGGGCACGGCGCCGCUUGCUUGGCCUGCGCACCGGGACCUAGAAGCCGGGAAGAGCCGGGGGAGAGCCAGGCUCGCGGAAGUCUGAAGGUGCCCUCCAGACACGGCCCCGAUGACUGAACUACAGCAAGAUGUGGAAGACACAAAGCCUGCGAAAGUGCUCGGGAAGAGGGAGAGCAAACUUGGCUCAGCCCACUCAGAGGCUGAGAAUGGUGUGGAGGAGAAAAAGAAAGCCUGCAGGUCGCCAACAGCCCAAUCCCCUCUCCCAUCUGUGGAGGCCGACUCCCCAGACCAGAAGAAAAUCAUUAGCCUACGCCCAUAUCUUCUCUCCAAAUCUAUGCUUCAUUCAGGACCAAGAGUCAAAAUCCAGUUUUGAUGGUGCCUCUUUAGCAACUGAUAAGAACGACUGUAAAACAGAAACCAAAAAUGACCCUAAGACUGAAAGAAAAAAGUCUUCAUCUUCCAGCCAGUACAAGGCCAAUAUGCACUUUCACAAGUUGUUUCUUAGUGUCCCAACGGAGGAACCACUGAAGCAAAGCUUUACCUGUGCUCUACAGAAGGAAAUACUAUACCAAGGAAAGCUCUUUGUAUCAGAAAACUGGAUUUGUUUUCAUUCCAAGGUCUUUGGAAAAGACACAAAGAUUUCUAUUCCAGCUUUCUCGGUAACCCUAAUAAAGAAAACCAAAACUGCUCUUCUAGUGCCAAACGCCCUGAUCAUAGCAACAGUCACAGACAGGUACAUAUUUGUCUCCUUACUCUCCAGAGAUUCAACUUACAAACUACUAAAAUCUGUGUGUGGACACUUAGAAAAUACAAGUGUUGGUAACAGUCCCAAUCCAUCUUCUGCUGAAAACAGUUUCCGAGCAGACCGCCCUUCAUCUCUGCCUCUGGAUUUCAAUGAUGAAUUCUCAGAUCUGGAUGGAGUGGUUCAACAAAGAAGGCAAGACUUGGAAGGAUACAGCAGUUCUGGUUCUCAAACUCCUGAAUCUGAGAACUCUCGAGUAGAUUUCCAUGUGACAGAAUCACAAACAGUUCUGAAUGUCUCCAAGGGAGAAGCAAAGCCAACUCGGGCAGAUGCCCAUGUGAACAGAGUACCUGAAGGAAAAGCCAAGAGUCUCCCUGCACAGGGUCUGUCAGAAACUGUUGGAAUCUUACAUGAAGUCAAGUCUCAGAAAUGUCCGAUGCUUCACCAUAUUCUUAUAUUCUAUGCAAUUGUGGUCUGUGCACUAAUCAUGUCGACCUUCUACAUGAGAUAUAGAAUUAAUACUCUGGAGGAGCAGCUGGGGUUACUAACCUCCAUUGUGGACACCCAUAAUACUGAACAGGCAGCACCAUCUGGCCUGGGGUCACAAGUACAGUUCAAUGUGGAGGUUCUCUGUCAAGAGCUUACAGCUAACAUAGUGAAAUUAGAAAAGAUACAAAAUAACUUACAGAAGCUGCUUGAGAAUGGGGACUGAUCGACCAGAUUGCUUGGGCCAUCGGAAUACCUCAUGUUUCCCUUUGAAGAAGGUGCUUCCUGAGGCGUUUUGUUUGAGUGCGCCCUGCUGGUCAGAGGCGCAAGCAGAUGAGAAUCCAGACAUUGCAUGUGGACGUCUCCAGCUCAGGAAAGUGGGGAGGGAAAUAAUUUUGGUUCUUGUGCAAUAAAAGUUGACCUUGACUCUCUGAGGAAGAUUUUGCUGCUGCUGCCUGAAGAAAACAGACCCAUCUCUGGAGGUCUCAGGAAGGGCCCAGCGAACACUCUCUUGGAUAAUUACCACGAUGGCGUCAGCAAACACUCCACCCUGUGCCUUUUUAGUCCUUCCUGCCUCUCCCUUACACCCCUCUUAACGACUUUCAAACUAAAGGAUACAUCAUAUACCAACAAACUCACUGUGGUCCUUUCAAGAAUUAGCCAUGAGUCUCAAAAAGGCAAUAAAUGGCUCUAAGUGGACAGGUUUGCUUCAAACAAGUAACAUCUACAUUUUGUCUUUUUUUUUUUUUUUUUUUAGUUCUCCUAUUAUGUUCUGGUUUAAAUCACCUGUGUAUCUUAAUUUCUCAACUCCUUUUUGGCAAGAAUAUCAAGCAAGGUGGAUUUAACAUUUCGUUUAUGUUUUGUUUUGUUACUGUAACUAAUAGUUAAUUGGACUGAUUCUUACCCAGCCCUGAUCAAGAAUCUGUGAGGCGUGUGACUGAAGUACUAAAUUAAACUUCUUUUGAAACCAAACCUAAUUUUUAAGCCAAAAGGUAUAAUAGUGAUUUAACACAGGAUGAAAAACACUGAAUUUUUAAGACUGUAGGUGGACUAUGUUAGUAGUUUUGAAACAGGAUGUCUGUAUUCAGCAUUCAAUAAUGCUAAAAUCCAUUUCAGCAUGAAAUUUGUAUGUUUUUAUCCUUUGCUGACUAAAAUAAAAUAACUGGUGGUUUGCUAAAUAUUUACCAUAUGGGUUGACUGGUUUUUAUUAAUAAUUGUUUAGGGUAUCAUAAGAUCUGUAAGUACAAAGGAUAUUCUGUUUCUAUCUGCAAUGCAUUUGAUAAUCAUUUCUAUGAAAUGUAUUUUAUUUAAUCAGAUAAGCUAAUAAGUGAAUUGGUUAUAUCGUUUGUAUCUGUUAGCCUAGUGGACAGCUGUGCCUGGUGCACCUCUGGCUUUUAAUAAAUACUCAUUGGUUGAAACGCCCUGCUAA